UUUUUGCUACAAGUAUGCUUUGUUUACUCCAAUCACUUAAGGUGUGUUUGCAGUUCAAACAGAGAAUUGCGCACAGACAUAUGCAUGUUAUUAUGGAAGCAGUAGGUGAGGCACCCAAUUGCUAGGUAUAGCCUUGAACAUGCAACGCUUUCACAUAUUUGUAUUUACACAAAAUCUAGUGCCAGAUUGCUCAGACGUCUUCCCCACUCUCGUUGGCAGCCAUGCCCUGUGUCCAGGCUCAGUAUGGGUCUUCACCGCAAGGAGCCAGUCCAGCAUCCCAGAGCUACAGCUACACGCCAACCAGAGAGUACAGCUGUGACUUCCUGACGCCCGAGUUUGUCAAGUUUAGCAUGGACCUGACUAACGCUGAGAUUUCAGCCACCACAUCCCUCCCAAGUUUCAGCACUUUUGUGGACACCUACAAUUCCGGCUACGAGGUAAAACCCCCGUGCCUCUACCAAAUGUCUCAUGCCGGGGACCAGCUAUCCAUAAAAGUAGAAGACAUGUCCGUACACGGAUACCAUCCCCAACCUCACCUUCCGCAUCAGUCCGAGGAGAUGAUCCCUCACGCCGGUACCAUGUACUACAAGUCCUCAUCUCCCAAUCUCUCCGCGCCGCCAAACUUUCCAGUCACAAGUAACCACGGCUGGGACGAAACAGGGUCCCUCCACUCUUUUCAUCAAAACUAUAUGGCGACCUCGCAUAUGAUGGAUCAGCAGCGCAAGAGCGCUGUGUCCCGGCUGUUCUCCUUCAAACAAGCUUCGCCGUGCGCGCCCGUGUCUGGCUGCACGAUGCGAUUCGACAGCUCCCCUGCAGGCCAUCGUGUGAUGGAGGGGCAGAACUUUUCCGUUCCCGGCGCCAUCCGAAAGCAGCAUGGACUUCAUGGCUUCCACCACUCCUUACAGCUCGGACAUGGGCACCAUCUGAUGGAACAAGUUCCAUCGCCUCCGCCCAGGGGCUCACCGGUGUCCACCGAGGGCCUGUGCGCCGUAUGCGGAGACAACGCCGCCUGUCAGCACUAUGGCGUGCGGACAUGCGAAGGCUGCAAGGGAUUUUUCAAGAGAACUGUUCAGAAAAACGCCAAGUACGUCUGUCUUGCCAACAAAAACUGUCCUGUUGAUAAACGGCGGAGGAAUAGGUGCCAGUACUGUCGUUUCCAGAAGUGCCUUGUCGUGGGGAUGGUUAAAGAAGUUGUUAGGACUGCUAAUUUAAAGGGUCGCAGAGGUCGUCUGCCGUCCAAACUGAAGACCCCACAGGAUCAGUCAACGUCGCCACCUGUCAGUCUUGCCACGGCUCUUGUCAGGGCCCACGUGGAUUCAAACCCGCCCAUGUCCCGACUCGACUACUCAAGAUUUCAAGCGAACCCAGACUACCAUGUUGCUGGGGAUGACACGGAACACAUCCAGCAGUUCUACGACCUGCUGACUGGCUCUAUGAGCAUCAUACGGGGCUGGGCCGAAAAGAUACCAGGGUUCUCUGAUCUUCCUAAACCGGACCAGGACCUCCUCUUUGAAUCGGCCUUUUUGGAGCUCUUCGUCCUUCGUCUGGCCUACAGAUCUAACCCGAUGGAGGGCAAACUCAUAUUUUGUAGCGGAGUGGUGCUGCACAGGCUGCAGUGUGUGCGGGGAUUUGGCGACUGGAUUGACUCCAUAGUGGAGUUUUCAGCCAACCUGCAGAGUUUAAAUCUGGACGUCUCAUCAUUCUCCUGCAUUGCUGCGCUUACCAUGGUAACAGAGAGACAUGGACUGAAAGAGCCAAGGAAAGUAGAGGAGCUGCAGAACAGGAUUUUGAAUUGCUUGAAAGAUCAAGUUACGUUCAAUGGCACAAGUCCCCAUAGUCAAAAUCACCUGUCCAAACUUUUGGGGAAGCUCCCCGAGUUGCGCACGUUGUGUACGCAAGGACUGCAGCGCAUUUUCUACCUAAAACUUGAAGACUUGGUUCCACCGCCGGCAAUCAUCGAUAAACUGUUCCUGGAUACAUUGCCCUUCUAAAUAUUUCAACUGGAUUUAUUGAGAUUGUUUUGGACUCAAGUCGGACAACGUAAAGACCUACCGUGGAGAACAUGUCAAAUUUUGAUAGGCCUAGCAUUCCAUUAAUUAAUUUCCUCUUAGUCUAAUGGUUAGCGGCGGAAAUAUUGAGAGGAGAUGCAUAAAUCACAGUUUAUGAAUCAUUGUUUAUUAGCUGGUUUGUUGUUCAAGCACAAAAUUGGGCAUUUGAAACUAUAAUGGCUUUCGAUAUAAAACCUGAACCACUCUCUGAUUGUUUGUAUUAGCUAGGCUACAACAGGUUACGAACGGACCCAUCCCUGAGCAGAUUUAGGCUAUCUGUCAAAAUCCAUUCAGCAGUCAGUUGCAGUCUGCAAUGGCUCACAUAGCUCUUAAUAGUGCUAAACGUGUUACUUUGUACAAUCAGAGGUAUAUGAUUAUGAUGAGGUCUCACUUGUGGCAAUUUCUAAUUUUUCUAGAGUUCAGUUGACUUGUCUCUUAUCUUUGCCUAUAUGUAAGGGUUUGGCAGGGGGAGCUUUCGUAAGAUAGCCUAUGUAUAUUUUAUAAAUGGUCUAUAACCACUAACCGCCCAAUUUUACACAAGAUAUGGUUACAUACAGAUUUUAUGAAAUAUGAUUCACCGAGAAUAUACAUGUUUGGCUCAACUUCGAGCAGAAUGUGGACUCCUGCUACAAGCAUUGCUUAGUAUUUCGUGAGUUUUUGGUGGAUAUGAGAUCAUCGUAUUGUUGUUGUGAUACAGGUUUUAUGAUAAAACUGCCUUUGCAUGGAAUUUCAUAAUCCAUAAACACGCUGUCUUAAUUUCUUACCUGAACUAAGUUUCUGACAUUGAAUUCAAUGUGUAAAGCCAGAGAGACUUAAAGAGACUUAAUCAAAUCAUACUGUAUUUUCUAAGUUUUGAUCGUUUUGGAAAUGCAAUGUGUUGAUGAUAAGGUACCCUGUACGAAAGAGAAAUAUUUGUUUUGCUAAUAAAG